AUGGAGUGCGUUUCGCAUGACGGCCGAAGCACAAACGGCGCAGGAUGCAACAAGGAGUUAACAAAUAGCAGUGGGAAUUCCAAGUCGAUCGAAAUGCAUGCAUAUAAAAAUAAAUUCGAAAAAAGCCCCAACUGUGAGCAAAAUGGCCAAGCAGCAAUUAGGACAAGUAACAAAAAGAGCGAAGAAAGGAAGAACCACAUGAAUUACUGCACCGAUAAUGACCAGGUUGACAAUUUUAAAGUGGUGCACACUUAUUCAGGUACCAGUCAGAAAAGCAGAAAAAAUGGGCGCACAAAGAAUUUUUCAAAAAACAAAGCAGAUUUCAAUCAUUUCUUUUAUGAAGAAAAAUAUGCCAAUAGUAGUUAUGUGGAGAAGGGGAAACGCCCCGACAGGCAUUACCCGCAUGGGGGGUUAGGAAGUAACAGGGGGGUUAACGACAAUCGUUUGAGAAAAGGCACAUCGUCAGGAAAUUGCAGCAGUGGUAAUAAUAAUAAUAAUAAUAUGGGGGUGCAUAAUCCCAUCGAAUCGUUUGGGAAGAACUAUUCAGGCUCAAGAAUGAAUGUGGCAAAUGGUGCAGAGGAAAAGGUCGCCAAAAGAGUGGCGAGCAAUAACGAGAACUUAGUGCCAACUGGGGAUAAGUCACACUUGGGCAUGGUCGAUGGUAGAAGUAGGAGAAGAGGGGCGAACUCGGAAAAGCAGCCAUUUGUAUUUGCGAACAAACGGGGAGGAAGUGGAAGUUAUAAUGACCAAAAUGCCGGCACUGUAGAGUACGCCAAUGACGAUGAUCGUGUCGCCGCUGAACAGUUGGGCGUGGGUGGAAGCAUGUGUGGCGAUAUCUGUGGCGAUAUGUGUGGCGACCGCUACAGCCGCAAGGGCGAUUUCCCCAACGAUGGAACUCCCCCCAGAAAGAAAAGCAGCUUCCUGCGAAAGAGCAAAUCCCUGAACAGAAAUAACAUUUACGAGAGCAAGGAGGACGACAAACGGAUGGUAUCCAUCACGAACAGGGACCCCCCGGAAAAUAUGGACUACACGAACGUGACGAAGAAAGCUUGUUCUAAUAACGAAUUAAAAUUUAAAGAAAAAAAAAAAGAUGAAGCGAACUGCACAAGUAGGGAAGUGAAUUACGAUUUUAAGAGCGCCCUGAAUAUCCAAUUCUCCAAGACAAAAAUGUGCCCAUAUAUGAACACCAAAGAAAAGUGCAAACGGUUUUUGAGUAAUAUGUGCCCCUAUGCACACGACCAAAGUGAGCUAAAGCCAUUUCCAGAUUUGUACAAAACGGCCAUGUGCCGUAACUUCAUGAAGAACUUAUGUAGCAAGUCGAAGAUUGAGUGUAACUUCGCACAUAAUGUGCAGGAGCUCAGAUCCACGGAUGAGUUUUACAAGACCACCUUGUGUAAGUUUUUCCUCAACGGGUACUGCAAGGCGGACACCAACUGCAGGCACGCGCAUGGGCAUAAGGAGCUGAAGAGUAAGGAGGCGAAGUGUAAAGAGGCGAAGCGUAAAGAGGUGAACUGUGAAGAGGUGAACUGUGAAGGGGUGAACGGUGAAGAGGUGAACGGUGAAGGGGUGAACUGUGAAGAGGUGAACGGUGAAGGGGUGAACUGUGGAGAGGUGAACUGUGGAGAGAUUAACCGUGAAGGGGUGCAGCAUAGGAACCUGGGAAGUCUAUCCUGGGAAAUCGACAGGGUGGGAACGGAGAAGGCGAAUAACAAUGAGGAGGAAGAGCAGCCGCAGCACCCACAGCAGCUACAUCAACUACGGCAGAGUGACCUGGACGGGGGGGAAACUCUUCUGAACGGAGAAACAAUGAACCGGUUCAAGUCGUCGGAAAGCUGCUCCCUGAGCGAGGGGAAGGAGGUAAGGAUCAUAAGGGGAGGGGAAGACGCUGCGGAGGAGGAUCUGCUUGCCGAGGAAGACAUUGAAGAGGACGACGAAGUAGUGGACGUUAUCGCAGUGGAAGGAAAACGCAUAUCAAACACACGUGAUAGGAAAAAAAAUGAUAGCAAAAAAAAUGAUGGCAAAAAAAAUGAUAGAAAAAAGAAGAAAGAAAAAUUCUAUAACGCAUCGCGCAAACUCAUGUCCAUUAGCACGAAGGACACGUACUGCUUUCUGUCGAAUGGGUUUUCCAGAAACAUGGAGUCGUCCGAAAAUUUCGAUGAUGAAAAUAGGAGUGUAAGGACGAAUGAAGAUUCGACUCUCGCCCAUAGCAAUGGGGACUCCAAGAUGAAGAGUUCAGACAGCGCAAAUAGCUAUUUUAAGGGGGACCCCCACCCUGAGUAUCCGUUCAAGUCUAACGAAACGAUCUACCGAAUGGAGCUAAAGGAUGAGGAAGUUAACCACUCCUGUGACGCAACUGGGAGGGAAGCCCAAAAUGGAAGUGACACUGAGCAGGGGCACCACUCGGUGGAUCAUAAUGAGCAGGUGAACACAAGUAGACACUUUGGAGAAAGAAGCCAUGACAUGGCUGAUGGAAAACAGGAAAGAGACCAUAGUAACAGAUUUACGCACUCAAAUUCGCACAGAGGUAGUAACGUAGCCCUGAGUGGAAGUUUAGCUUUGAAAAAAGAGGGCAGGAAAAUCUUUAACGAAGACAGUGCGUAUGCACAUAGAAAUAAGGUAAGCGUCGGUGGGGGCAAAGGUUCGAACGAAGCGACUGUUCAUCCCAAAAUGGAUAGGAACAAAAAUGGAAGGGGCUACAUGAACCCUAAUUUUGCCCCCAUGGGAAGUAAAGGUGGAACUAGAAAUUUUCAGGACAAAAUGGGGAACGGAAAAUUAAGUCGAAAUGUGCAAGUUGAUGCGAUUGAGGUGAACGAUGGAAUGGGCCCCCCAAGCGAGAUGCACUUUAGCGGACUGUGUGAGAAUGGCAUGAAUGGCUAUGAUGGAGCUGUGGGGCACACUGGGGGGUGCGGCGGCAGGGAUAGUAAUGGGUAUGGGCAGGAGCGGGGAGAUAAUUACACGUGGGAGAACCACACCAAGGAGAAUCACGCGGGUGAACACAACCGGGGCGGUUAUCGAAGCAAGGGAUUUCAUAACGCCAACAAGGGCAAUGGCGACAGAAGCGGCGGUGGCAACUUCCACAGCGGGGGUAACAGCAACUUUAACGGAGCCUUUGGUAACAGCGCCGAUAACUACGGCGGCGGCGUGGGUAAACAAUAUGGAAAUGGCAAAAGGGCGAAUGGAGGCACGGCGAGGUACGAUGGCCACCCCGGCAGUAGGGACAGCAGCAAUAGUGGAGUGGCGAAUAGGGGCGCGGCGAACAGCAGCGUGGUGAACAGCGGCGUGGUGAGUGGUGGCUUCGCUAAUAAUGGAAUGAUGAACAACAAUCUGGGGAACAACAAUCUGGGGAACAACAACCUGGGGAACAACAACAUGGUGAACAGCAAUAUGAUGAGGAACAACUUCAGGGGUAACCACGCAAGGAACGCCACCCGAAAUGUGCGACACGGCGCGAGAAACGGCCUGCGGAACGGCGGCAUGGCGAAUUACGCUGCAAACCCUAACGGAGCGAACCCUAACGGUGCGAACCCUAACGGUGCGAACCCUAAUAGUAUAUACCCUAACGGAGCGAACCCUAACAGUGCUUACCAUAACGACGUUGUGGAGAAUAAUAUGCGCACCAUGCACCCCGAACACGUCAACACCUACAACAACAAUUUCAGCUGCUACAAUGUCAGGGGGGGGGACGCAAAUGUUUACAUGAGCAUGAAUAACUUUCCCUACAAGAAUGCCCCCCAGGGAAGCAAUUGCAAUGUUGUUGGUAGGGCACCCGGCAAGAUUGACCAUUCCAGUUGUGGCGGUAAUUAUGGGGGUAGCUAUGGCGGCAACUAUGGCGGCAACUAUGGCGGUAACUAUGGCGGCAGCAAUGGCGGUAACUAUAGUGGUAACCAUGGCGGUCAUUACGGAAACGUUGGUAGCGGUCCAGUUGGCGGCAACAACCACCCCUACCCCCCACAGGACUAUGCCCCACCCAUCUGUAACAGUGCAAUGAAGCAGAGUAAAAAUUAUAGAGGUAAGAAAAAGAGUGGGCAAAAUAACAUGCCGUACGAAAUGAGGAAUAAUGGCAACUUUGAAAACAGCAGCGGGUAUGAUCGUAAUGUCAACAUGUAUAGUCGAGGUGGUGUGAAGCGAGACGGGAAUUACAACGCUCAUGGCUUUAACCCCAGUGGCACGAUAGGCAGUAUGAAUAAUGACCACCACGUUGAUGGGAACAUUUAUGGGGACAUGUUCAUGAAUAAUGGUCCAAGGAACAACCAACAAGACGGUGUUAAUAACAUCUACGGCAGUGGCAAUGGGAAUAAUUAUUACCCCUACGGUUAUGAUACCAGCGGGACGCAUGUAAUGAACGCCCCCCUUGAAAACGGUGCAGAUGUGCGCAACGAGGGCAUGGAACCGAGUGUGCACGGUGGCCACAUGUACAAUGCGACGCGUGCGUAUGGGUUUGCAGAUGGGCAGAGCGCCGCGCAUGACGGGACGCAAAAUGGAUCACAUCACGGUGCAAAUAACGCAGUGCCAAAUGGAUCACAUCACGGUACACAUCACGGUACACAUCACGGUGCACAUCACGGUGCACAUCACGGCGCAAAUAACGGAGUGCAAAACGACACACAUCGAGCCUUCAGACAAAUGGACAAAAAAGCGCACAGCGGCAAUAUCGACCCUAUGCAUGGGGGCAGAAAUAGGAAGGGCCACAUGAGCAACAGCGCCUAUAACGAGACGUACAAGAGUGGUGAGGAAAAUUGUAGCCACGCGGUGAGCCGGGCGGACGGGGCGAACAUAGCAAGCGCGGCGAACUUAGGACAUCCCUUUGCAUGCGAUCCUGGUGUGCACGAUGAGACCAGCCUGGAAGGUGGCAGCUUCUUGAGUAGGAAGCCGAGAGGUUGUCCCUCGAAUAGUUUAAAAAGUGGACACAUGGCGGAAGGAGCCGAACUGAAAAGAAACAAUUAUGAUGAGACUAAUAUAGGCACAAAGAAAUCGGACCACAUCGGCAAGAGCGAAAGGGAAAAUAGGAAAGAGGGUCGCAGCGGUGAUCAAAGCGCAGGCGAGAUGAAAGGCACUGCAUACUGCCCCAGCUUUAGCGCGAACGAUAACACGAACAAGGCAGAACAAAGCACGCAGUUGAAGGAAAAUAAUCGUGGUAACAGCAAAGAGUGCAGUACCCGCCGCAACCGAAAUGGAAGCAAAAAUGGAGAGAACAAUGAUGGGGGGAUUAUGCGCGAUAUGCAUGGCAGCACGAAUCGAAGCACUCUGAGGACGUUAGCUGAGUGCAUCAGCCCCGUGAAUGGGGCGGCCGACCAGCCACCAUUAUGCGGAGAUGGUCAAAUGGAAAGUUCCACCAUAGAAAAAAUGAAACAAAAAAAUUAUGACUCAACAGGUGAACAUGUCAAAAGUAGUAACUUAAAAAGUAAAAGUCCACGAAGAAGGGGAUCGCGAAAUAGGAGAGCUCAACAUGGGGAACACCAAAGUAGGGCCGAGCACAUUAUAAAGGAACAACACAGAGGGGAGAAAAAUCAGGAAGAGUUACACACAGAGUUGCAGACAGCUGACCAUCAGAGUAAAAGUGGUAUUCUUAAGAAGGAUAACAAAAUUGAAAAUGUGCUAAUUGACGAAGAACCCCAAACAUGUGUGUCUUGCUAUCAGUACAUGACAGAUCCCACGCCGGGGGAAAUUACGCCAGCAAAUCCAUGCUGCUUAGCAUGCGGCCAGGUAAUAAAAAAAUCGCUCUCUUUGAUGAUCAUAGAGUUAUUGCAGCCACAGGUGCAGCACCUACUUUCGGAUGUCAACUUUUAUGUGCAAAAUUAUCACGACUGA